AUGUCCGCCGCUAUUAACCGCUCACUUACCACUGUCAAGACAGAACUCGAAUUCUUGUUGGAGUCCAAAGUCAUCACCAAAGAUUUAUACGAUGAGAUUCUAAGACAACUCCCUGGAAAAUAUACACCUGGUAUGAUUCCAGCUGACGUUCACAAAGUUGAAUCAGCACCAACACAAGCUCCACAGAACGAAAAGAAGCAAGAAUUUGGCUCUGCAAAUAGUGCUCAGGCCCCACCACCAUAUUCCGAGCAGUCAUCAAAUGAUAAGAUUUAUGUUGAGGCAUUGUACGCAUACAGACCUCAGCAACCAGAAGAUAUGGAGCUUCAAGUUGGCGAUAAGAUUGAGGUUAUCGAAAAGCUGUCGCCAUCCUGGUGGAGAGGAACCUGUGGAAGCCGUUCUGGAAUAUUCCCUUCGAAUUAUGUCAAGGAACUUGGUAACUUUGAGAAAGACCAAAAGCAGCAGUCGUCUGCAUUUCAACCUCCUCCUCAGCAGAUGCAAGUUCAGCAACAGCAACAGCCGGCAUAUUUCAGUCAGGGGCCUCAACAGUUUAUGACGCCGCAAAUGCAACAGCAACCACAACAGGAGACAGAGCACCAUUCCAAUACUAAUGAUACUUUGCACAAGUUUGGAUCUAAGCUUGGAAAUGCUGCUAUAUUUGGAGCAGGUGCAACCAUUGGAAGCGAUUUGGUUAAUAGUAUCUUUUAA